UGAAAACCCAGCAACAAGACACGCCAUUUGAUCUAUAAAUACGUCCAAAACCCAUCUCAAUCUCAAACACACCAAACCAGUCUCAUUUGUUAUUGUUGAUAUAUCUUUGUAACCGUAAAACUAGUUUUUGUUGUAAAGCUGAAAUGGCUACUCCACCGGCAUUGAAGCGGUCUGAAUCGAUGGCGGAUAGCAUGCCGGACGCCCUGAGAGAGAGCCGGUAUCAUAUGAAGAAGUGCUUUGCUAAGUACAUUGAGAAGGGGAAGAGGUUGAUGAAGCUUCAUCAUUUGAUGGAUGAAAUGGAGAAAGUGAUUGAUGAUAAGAAAGAGAAAGAACAGGUCUUGAGCGGCUUGCUUGGCUACAUUUUGUGCACCACUCAGGAGGCAGCAGUUGUUCCUCCAUAUAUUGCCUUUGCCAUUAGACCAAAUCCUGGAUCUUGGGAAUUUGUCAAAGUGGGCUCUGCAGAUCUAUCAGUAGAGGGAAUCAAUGCCACAGAAUACUUGAAAUUCAAAGAAACAAUUGUUGAUGAAGAUUGGGCAAAAGAUGAAAAUGCUUUGGAAGUUGAUUUUGGAGCAAUGGACUUUUCCACUCCUCGCUUGACUCUAUCUUCUUCUAUUGGAAAUGGAACUAAUUUUAUUUCAAAAUUCCUCACUUCUAAUCUCAACAGUGGCACACUGGCGGCGCAGCCUCUUGUGGAUUAUUUACUCACCUUAAACCACCAUGGAGAAAAACUCAUGAUCAACGAGACUAUCAACACCGCUUCCAAGCUUCAAAGCGCGCUAAUAGUAGCUGAAGUAGCACUUUCAACCAUUCCCAAGAACACACCAUAUCAGAACUUUGAGCCUGGAUUUAAAAAAUGGGGCUUUGAAAAGGGAUGGGGCGAUACAGCAGAACGAGUGAAGGAGACAAUGAGAUCACUCUCGGAGAUCUUACAAGCGCCUGACCCCUUAAAUAUGGAAAAGUUCUUUGGCAGGCUUCCAAUAGUGUUCAAUGUCGUCUUGUUCUCUGUCCAUGGGUACUUUGGCCAAUCAGAUGUCCUUGGUUUGCCUGACACCGGCGGGCAGGUGGUAUAUGUUUUGGAUCAAGUAGUUGCUUUCGAAGAAGAAUUGCUCCUCCGGUUUAAGCAACAAGGCCUUAACGCAAAGCCUCAAAUUCUUGUGGUCACCCGACUCAUCCCUGAUGCUAAGGGGACUAAGUGCAAUGUGGAAUUAGAACCAAUCGCCAACACAAAGCAUUCUCACAUCCUUCGCGUGCCAUUUAGGACGGAAAAUGGAGUCCUCCCCCAAUGGGUUUCGCGAUUUGACAUUUAUCCAUACCUCGAAAGGUUUACUCAGGAUGCUGCAGAGAAAAUCCUCCAAACCAUGGAAGCGAAACCAGAUCUAAUCAUUGGAAACUACACAGAUGGCAAUUUGGUUGCAUCGCUUAUGGCUAGCAAACUUGGGAUAACUCUGGGAACUAUUGCACACGCUUUAGAGAAGACAAAGUACGACGAUUCGGACCUCAAAUGGAAAGAAUUAGAUCCUAAGUACCACUUCUCGUGUCAAUUCACAGCUGACACGAUUGCAAUGAACACUGCAGAUUUCAUCAUCACAAGCACGUACCAAGAAAUUGCAGGAAGCAAAGAUAGGCCCGGGCAAUAUGAAAGUCACACUGCAUUUACGCUUCCAGGGCUUUGCAGGGUUGUUUCUGGCAUCAAUGUUUUCGAUCCCAAAUUCAAUAUCGCUUCUCCUGGGGCUGACCAAUCCGUCUAUUUCCCUUACACCGAAAAACAAAAGCGUUUCACAUCAUUUCGCCCUGCAAUAGAAGAAUUACUCUUUAGUAAAGUCGAUAACAACGAACACAUUGGUUACCUAGAAGACAAGAAAAAACCCAUCAUCUUCUCAAUGGCGAGGCUUGACACAGUGAAGAACAUCAGUGGACUAACUGAGUGGUAUGGAAAGAACAAGAGGCUAAGAAAUUUAGUCAAUCUUGUUAUUGUUGCGGGUUUUUUUGAUCCAUCAAAAUCAAAAGACCGCGAAGAACAAGCUGAGAUAAGGAAAAUGCACACAUUGAUUGAAAAAUACCAACUGAAGGGUCAAAUCAGAUGGAUAGCAGCACAGACAGAAAAGAACCGGAAUGGAGAGCUCUAUCGAUGCAUUGCUGACACAAAAGGGGCUUUCGUGCAGCCUGCACUGUAUGAAGCAUUUGGGCUCACGGUUAUUGAAGCAAUGAACUGUGGAUUGCCUACAUUCGCAACCAAUCAGGGAGGUCCGGCUGAGAUCAUUGUUGAUGGGGUUUCGGGAUUUCAUAUUGAUCCAAGCAAUGGCGAUGAAUCGGGUGAAAAGAUUGCUGAUUUUUUCCAGAAGUGUAAGGAGGAUACUGAGUACUGGAACAGGAUUUCAAAAUUGGGCUUGCAGCGUAUUGAAGAGUGCUAUACAUGGAAGAUCUAUGCAAACAAGGUGUUGAAUAUGGGUUGUAUUUAUAGCUUUUGGAGGCAGUUGAACAAAGAUCAGAAGCAAGCAAAGCAAAGAUACAUCCAAAUGUUCUAUAAUCUCCAUUUUAGGAACUUGGUGAAGAAUGUCCCAACUUCAAGGGUUGAAGCCCAACAAGUGCCCAAGGAAAACCCCAAAGCACAGCCCUCACAAAGCAUCAAGCGCACAUCAACUCGGUUGCAGAGGUAAGAGUUGACUUAAACAAGUUUGAUGAUGUCCCAGGUUGUUCGGAUCUUGAAGAUCCAUACAUCCUAUCAUCCAUACAUACACAAAGGCUGCUUCAUUCAGUUCAUCCUAUGUAAUAUUUAUUUUUUAUUUUUUUCUCUCUCAUAUUUCCAUUGCUUUAAGAAGCUUAUGCAAAUGAUUUGUACAUUGAAACAAUAAAAGAGGAUUUGCAGUUUGAUAUCUGGUGCAGAUCAAUCAA